UUUUGGAAAUUUUUAUUGACAUUAAAUAAUAAUUCGUAGCAAAAACUUAAUGUAGGUAGGUAUGUAAGAUGAAAAUAUAAAAGGGUGUUUUGUUAAUAAAAUGGCUCGGAAAAACGAUGAAAGCUCUUGUAAUACCAACGCUAUAAAGGUUGAAGGUGAUUUGGGUGAUUUACAAGUGACCGAAGUGAGCGACGGUGAAGACAAAGAUGAGAUAACUUUUGAUGAGCAGAGUUCUUCAAAGACGCUGGAUAAGAUAUCUACCUUGCCCGCAUCCCUAGUGCAGAGUUCAACAGUGCCUGUAUUUGGUAGUAUUUCCAUAGUAGAGUCAGAAAAUGUACAGUUCGGUAAUAAUACAUUCUUUAAUGGGCCAGUGACUAUAAAACAGAUUGUGCAGACUAAAUCUGGUGUUGAUAACAAUUCAUAUGACAGAACUGAAGAGGAUGAAUCGAAAGAUGGUGUAUACUCGCAAAGAACAAAAAUAGGUGAUAUUCCUUUGAAGAAGCAUGAAAUACUUGCGUGGCAUAAAUUAACGUUUUCCGCUGUGUGUGUGACUAUCAUUGGAGGGAUAAUUGCAAUAGUACUCAUUUUGCCCAGUAGAGGAGAACAGCAAAAAGGAACUACAUCUGUUAGCUAUGCUACAGAAAGUUUUAACGCUACGGUGGUGGGAUUUUGUAAUGAGAACAUUCAAGUUAUCGUUAUAUCAGUCAUAAUGUUGUUAUUAACAUCUCUAUUGAUUUCUCAUUCAUUACUAACAAGGGACAUUGGUCUUGACAACAUGAAGAUUGUGAGAAUGCAUGAUAGGCUGAAUAAAAAGCAAGCUAUCAAGAUAUGUUCUGGUACAGCGGAUCCAUUGCUCAUAUCUCCUGACUACCUCAGGAUAGUGUCACGGUCGGAUUGGUUGGCCCAACCCGUGGAAGCGGUUUUGGAUAAAAUACGCCGACCCAUUCCUUGGGUGAUUAUCACCCAUACGGCCACGGAAACGUGUGAAACACAGAGUCAAUGCGUUCUACGCGUGCGCGUAAUACAAACAUUUCACAUAGAAUCGCGAGGUUGGGAUGACAUUGGAUACAACUUCCUAGUCGGAGGAGAUGGUUCCGUGUACUAUGGCCGAGGUUGGGACUACAUUGGUGCCCAUACACAGGGCUACAACAAAUACUCCAUCGGCAUAGCUUUCAUAGGCACAUUCAAUAACUACCAACCCGCGAAACAACAGAUCGAAGCAUGCCAGAAACUUAUAGCUAGGGGUGUCCAAAUGGGAAAACUCGCCAAAGACUACAAACUACUCGCCCAUAGACAAUUGAUGUCGACCCUCAGCCCUGGUGAUAAACUUUACGAUAUUAUUAAGACGUGGCCGCAUUUUGUUAGUAAUUUCACAAAUGUUAAAGAUCUGCUGCCGGAUUAUUGAUUAUGGACUUUUUUGUUACCUAUAUAAUGUUAUUGUAAAUGAUAACUGUACAGUGAUGAGCAAGCUAGAAGAUAUGCUUGUGUGGAAGAUAUUGUUUUCUGUGAUGGUGCUUUGUUGUAGAAAUGUUUACGAUUAUUAAGACUUGAAAUUAUUGUUAUCUCUUUGCAUAAAAUGACGAAUAUAAUAUAUACGUAAUUAGAUUCGUUUUUGUAUACUAUAGUUUCUAGUUUCUACUUUCUACUUCUUUAGAAGUAAUAAAAAUAAUUAUGAGUAUAUUAUGCUUAUAUAGCAUAGCGAUGUAUAAUUUAACAUGAAAUAAUUAAUGUAUUUAAAACAAAAAUGUGCCACAUUAUACAUAAUUAUAGAAAGCUGCUAUGGCUUCUGUUAAGAUUUUUAUUGUUUUAAUUAUAAAUACGUUCGUAACCAAUUGUGUUUUUAGCUAUGUUUUCAUAUUAUAAUAAGCAAAUAAUCAAUUUCAAUGUUUAAAUUCAUAACGUAUUUUAAUUAUAAAAACGUUAUAAAAAUGUAUAAAAAUAUAGGUACAGAUUGAACUUGUGUAUGAAGUUUAUAAAGUAUACUGUUGGAUUUACAUAAGUAAUUCAAAAAGGUUUAAUAUCCGUCCAGGAUUAGAGUGAAAGAUGCGGGUUCGAAUUCCGCCUCGUGGUCUAGUUUUAUCUAUUUAUAAAUCAUUAGCUUUCCACCCGCGGCAUCUCCCGCGCAGUCAAAGAAAAACCCUCAUAGUUCCCGUUCCCGUGGGAUUUCCGGGAUAAA